AUGGUGAAAAGCCUGCCCGCAGAAUACUACGCCAAAUUCUUGUCCGAUGCUGCCCGUGCACGCAAACCGAGCCCCAUCCGUGCGCUCUUUCCGCUUGAGGCCCGCCCGGGCAUGCUCUCUCUGCUCGCGGGCAAGCCAAAUGCGCAGACGUUCCCUUUUAUCUCCAUUACUGUCAAGGCUGCCUCACUCGUAGACCCUUCCAAGGAGAUCGCGACAGAGAUCAGCGGCAGAGCGCUCUCUGAAGGCCUGCAGUAUGGGCCUACCGCAGGAUCAUCCGACCUCAUCGGCUGGAUGAACACGCUGCACGAGCGCGAGCACAAGCGCAUGCAGGGAGAGGGAUGGCGGGUGUCUGUUGGCAGCGGAUCGCAAGAUCUCAUUCAUAAGGCACGUCUGGCGACAAUCAACGCGCUCGUCAACCCCGGAGACUCCGUACUUGUCGAGUCACCGAUUUACGCUGGAAUGAUUCCCACCUUCGAGAUGCUCAACUGCGACUUUGUUGGCGUUCCUACUGACUCCCAAGGCAUUGACUCCAGCGCGCUCCGCAAAACCCUGGAGAGCUGGCCUGCCUCCAAGCCCAAGCCGAGAAUCCUCUACACCGUUCCCUACGGCGGAAACCCGACAGGAAUGACGACCAUCGCCGAACGCCGGCUCGAAGUCCUCGCCCUCGCGCGCGAGCACGACUUCCUCAUCCUCGAGGACGACCCGUACUACUUCCUCUACUUCGGGCCCGAGCCCCGCCCGCAGUCCUACUUCGCGCUCGAGGCGACCGUGCUCCCCGAGGUCGGCCGCGUCCUCCGCUUCGACAGCCUCUCCAAGGUGCUCUCCGCCGGCAUCCGCCUCGGCUUCCUCUCCGGGCCCGUGCCGGUCCUCGCCGCCGUCGACGUCCACACCGCGCAGGCGAGCCUGCAGGUGUCCGGGCUGACGCAGGCGAUCGCGUUCUCCCUGCUCGACGCGUGGGGCCACGACGCGUUCGUCGCGCACACGCGCGCCGUCUCCGCCUUCUACCGCGCCAAGCGCGACGUCUUCGAGCGCCACAUGCGCGCGCAGCUCUCCGGGCUCGCGCAGUGGGACACGCCCGAGGCCGGCAUGUUCUUCUGGUUCAAGCUCCUGCUCCGCGACCCCGGCGCGGGAGGGGAGGAGGAGGACUCGGAGAGCGUGGUGCGGACCAAGGCGCUCGAGAAGGGCGUGCUCGCGCUCCCCGGGACGGUGUUCAUCCCGGGCGGGAAGAAGACGGCGUACGUGCGCGCGUCGUUCAGCCAGCUGGACGAGCCAGAGGUCGAGGAGGCGUGCAAGCGGCUCCGCGCGGUCGUGCUCGAUGCGCGUGGAGCUGUGUGA